AUGAUUAUUGCCGUGCCUGUAGUAGCAGAGAAAUUGAAGAUUAAGUUCUCUUCCCGUAAGAUAGAUGGCGUUUCUGGGAGAAAAGCUUGUGGCUUUGCGCAUAAUGUGGAGAAGAAUUAUCGUUCUCGGGCUUGUGACACAGAGAAUAUGAAGCAGAACCCUAGAGAGCGCAGUGCUAUUAAGCGUCGCCCAACGGAGAUGGUGGAGGGUCAAUCAAAGAAGAAGCGGAAGAUGGACCGGAGUGUGAUACAUCAGUGUGCUUCCCUUGUGAAAUCACUUAUGGAUCAUCCAUGUGGUUGGGUUUUCAAGGAGCCGGUGGAUCCAGAUAAACUUCACAUUCCUGAUUAUUUUUCUAUUAUAACUAAUCCCAUGGAUUUAGGGACAGUAAAAUCGAAAUUGGAGAACAAUCAGUAUUUCGAAUCUGAAGAGUUUGCUGCUGAUGUCAGAUUGACGUUCUCAAAUGCCUUGUUAUAUAAUACUCCCCCAAAUUAUGUUCAUAAUAUGGCAGAGAAACUGAAGAAGAUUUUUGAGACAAGGUGGAAAGCCCUAGAGGAAAAAUGGAAUUAUCAAAUACCAAAAGGUGGUGAUGGGAAGCCAUUUCAUGCAAGGCCCAAGGAAGUUGGUGACACGAGACAAAAUUAUCCUGAAACACAUCCUUUGCGCAAUGCCGUGUUGACUAAGAGGUCGAAGCCAUCUGAAGUUAAGCUGUUAAGGUGUUCUUCGGAUGUAAGGGCUGCAAAAGUUAAGCUUUCCAAUAGCAAGGAGUUACGCCAAAAUUCUUACAAAGGCACAGAUAAUGGUGGUAAAAAUGCUUGUGGAUAUGUCAAUGUCAAACCAUCUUCGUUUUCUGUUGUUAGUAAAUGUGGCACAUGCGGGAGAAAAGCCUGUCAGUGCAUACUUCCCAGCGAUUCAGCCCAAGCUUCUUCAGGUAUCUCUUCUGAGAGGUCAUCGGGUAGAGAUCAUCAUGCAUACAGCACUGGUACUUCAAAAAUGGAUGUUCAGGGAAAAUGCAUGUCAAUGCCGCAGAUGAGCAAGUCGGAUCCCGAUUCUGAUGGAGAUAUAAGUGCUCUGGAUGAGGAAAAUAUAUGUCGUAAUUCUCAGCUUAUGACACCUGCAAAAUAUAUAUCUAUUUUUGAUGUGCAACUGUCUCCUACAAAAGCGCUCCGUGCUGCUAUGAUAAAGCGUCGCUUCGCAGACACUAUAUUUAAAGCACAACUUAAGAAACUUCUACCUCACGGGGACAAGGCUGAUCCAGUGAAGCUGCAACAGGAGAAGGAAAGAUUUGAAAUGAGGCAGCUUGAAGAAAAGGCUCGUAUUGAAGCCCAAAUCAGAGCUGCUGAACAACGGGAGAAAGAAAGAGAAGCUGCUCGAAUUGCCUUGCAGAAAAUGGAAAAUACUGCUGAGAUCGAGCAGAACAUAGAGAUUAUUAAAGAACUUGAGAAGCUUAGUGGCUGUUCCCUGUCCUAUAGUUACAGUUUUGGCAGGAGAGGACCAGAAGGAGCUCAUUCCUGUAGCUUACUGGAGCGAUUGGGUCUGAUCAUGAAGGAUGAUAUUGUGGAUGACGAUGAGAUAUUAAAUGGGGAUGUAGAGGAAGGAGAAAUACUUCCAUGAAUGUUUGCCCUCUGGAUAGUUGACCAAGAAAAAUCGUAUCUUUGUGUUUCUUUUUAUCUGUCUGAUAAUCGAUCUUUUGCAUCGGCAGUGAGACAAGGAAGACAUUGUUUGUAAAUGUAUGUAAUUAAUUAUUUAUAGGAUAAUAUGAAUUAGUUGGAUUCUUCACUUUCUUUUUCCUCUAUGUUUAGUUGCAGCUUGGGCCAUAGCAAAGGGUACAACAUUGUAUACGCCACAAAAAAAAGACAUCAAUUCACAGAUUCAUUCGUCAACAUUGUAACUGUAAUCUAUUAUGUUUUGUUUGGAUGCUAAGAUUUGGAUUAUGAAUUUAAAUUUGUAACAGUUUUUUUUUUUAUUUGAAAAUAUAUA